GACUCUGCAAAGACCCAAGAAAGCAUAUCAUGGCAUACUCCGAUGGACUUAAGAUGGAGAAGCUGAAACUUUAUUCCUACUGGAGAAGCUCGUGUGGUCAUAGGGUGCGAUUAGCCCUCACUUUAAAAGGAAUUGAGUAUGAGUAUAUAGCAGUGAAUUUGCUCAAAGGAGAUCAAUUCAAUCCAGAUUUCCAGAAGAUCAAUCCAAUGGGUACUGUACCAGUGCUUGUGGAUGGAGAUGUUGUGAUAUCUGAUUCUUUUGCCAUUAUAAUGUAUCUUGAUGAGAAGUAUCCAGAGCCACCUUUGUUACCUCAUGACCUCCAUAAACGAGUUUUAAAUUACCAGGCUACUAGUAUAAUUUCCUCUGGUAUACAACCUCUUCAAAACCUAGCUGUUAUUAGGUAUAUAGAGGAAAAGACAAAUGCUGAGGAGAAGAUUGCUUGGGUUAAUAACGCUAUAAGAAAAGGAUAUACAGCUCUGGAGAAACUGUUGGUGAAUUGCGCUGGAAAAUAUGCGACUGGUGAUGAAAUUUACUUGGCUGAUCUUUUUCUAGCAACCCAAAUCCAUGCAGCAGUGAUCAAAUUCCAAAUUGAUGUGGAACCGUAUCCAACUCUUGCAAAGUGUUACGAGUCAUACAAGAAUCUGCAUGUGUUUGAAGAUGCACUCCCAGCGAAACAGCUAGAUGCUCCAGCUCCAUCCAACUAGUUUAUUCGAAACACAAACUUUGGUCACCUUAUACCACGUUUAAUCUUUUUGACGUACGAAUUGUCACAAUACCUUCCAAAUUAUCAGACAAUUUCUUCUUUUUUUUAAUAAAAAAACUCUGUUUAUUU